AUGAAGGUCGUCAGCCAUGAAGAACUGAAGAAGCACAACUCCGAAGGUGAUGUUUGGAUGGCGAUCCAUGGUUUGGUCUACGAUGUUUCCAAGUUCAUGCCUGAUCACCCAGGAGGUGCACACCUCCUGCAGGAUGUUGCUGGAAGGGAUGCUUCCGGGGAGUUCGAGGAUGCCCUCCACUCGGAACAGGCUCGAGCUGAGGAAGCGAUUGUCCUGAAGGGCAUGUUGGAGGGCUGUGAACAACAAGUCGAAGGUCAUCGUGGAGCGGGCUGGACUGAAGAUCAAGGAAUACCGAAUCCUGAGGUCCAGGAAGCAGCGAAAUCAUCAGCUUCGCAAACUGUAGUUGCCACCGUGCUGCUUGUUGGCACCAUUGGGGCGGCACUCGCCGCCUUCGCUUUUCUGCGAUCACGCAAGCAGUAG